CCCUUUCUCAUUUUGGUUCGCUCGCUUUCCUCUUUUAACUGCUGAUGUGAGGUAGAAAAACAGAGGAGGAAAGCGAAUGGAGGGGAGUUAAACCGGGAAGAAAGAACAAAUUUCCAUAUUCUUUGUCCUGAUUUGUUAAGGUUCAUGCUGUAUUUUUCAGUCGAGGAGGUUAAGUUUUGUCUUUUGGAUUUAAUGAAGUCUCAGGAGUGUGUAAGGAAAUGGUGUUUUCAUCUGCUCUUCAGAAUCAGCUCUCAGCACAGAAUCAAAGGCUGCUGUGCUCUUAGAAGUGUUUUACUUCGAAUGGAAAGGCAAAUAAAGCUGCAGCACUUCCUAAAGUCCAGAUGCAUUCCUGAAAAUCUUUCGGGGAGUUGUAUGGCUCUGCUGCUUCAGCUCUUGCUACAAUUUUGAUUUAAAAUGACCUCCUAAAUCUGUUAGGAGUCCUGCAAAGCGACUUCAUUUUGCCUGGCCCUGGGUGGAAACCACACAAACCCACCGAGUUCUGUAGGAAUUCCUGCAGGAGCCAAAGCUGCUCGGAUAUGCACAGCAAAGGGUGCAUAAAUCUGAAACUGUGGUUUGUGACAUGCCUCCAUCCACUUCUUUUUUCCAAUUAGGUAAAUCAACUUAACCUGACUCUUCAGGAGAAAGGGAACUACUCACCUGCAUAAUUAAUAUUUUGGUAAAUAGUGUCCUCCCAGAAUUCCAGAUGUGUUCAGUGUGAGCAGAGACAGCGUCAGAGGCAGAGCUGAAAGGAUCAGAGGUCCUGCUGGGAGCAGGACCUGGAAUGUGCUUACCCUGCUGUCACGUUCACCAUAUGACCCUUGCUCCUCUUGAAUUGCAAGACUAAAAAAUAAAUAAAAAGCUUUUAUACAGGGAGAAGGAUAUGGCUAGUCUUGUUCCAAAAUAAUUCCAAAUAUAUUAUUCUGAAAUUACACACUUACAUACUGGAUAGAAUUAAAAUUAUGUAAAUCGUGCUGUUAAAUGGCUGACUUCUUUCAGAGGAGCUUGUGCUAAGUGAAGGAAUCUUGUUUGGUAGAGCUGCCUUGAUAGAUUUCAGAAUGACAGGCUCCACAUCAACUUAAUAACAUGCAAGCAAGGGUAAAAAUUUAUCAUCUCUGCUAAUUGCAAGUCUGUUGUUUUUAUACUGCCAUCUAGGCCUCAGCCCCUGUUGGAGACCUGUUCUCUUUGGCACUGUGGAGGAGCUGGAUAAAGGAUAUUUUGCUCCUUAAAAACUUAAUAAAGGAUAUUUUACUGUUCAUGUAUGUAGAAAAGAGAAAGGCAAACCCUACAGGAGAACAGGCUUCCUUCACCUGCUGUAAAUCAGGCUGUGAUUAGAACAGACCUUCCUCAGGAAUGUGUAGAAUAGGAAUUAAUGUGCCAAAUUUUAAUUCUGUGCUGUCCCAUGAGUGGAGGAAGUUCACUGUUUUAUGGAGAAACACAAAGUUUCACCUAUAUUGCCAUGCAGUAGGGCUGAACUGUCAUGAGAAGAAUACUGUCUACAAAUGACCAGGUGGAAAGUAUCUUCUAAAUAAUAGGUAGAUUUUAGCUCUGUGUAUAUUUGUGAAGAUCACAACUGUAAUGUCAAUAUUCCAAACAAUUUGGUUGAACGUAUCUGUGUCUCAGUUUUCCUUUUCAGUUUUUUUUCAUAACCUGCAUGUUUAUUCAUAUUUGGGAGAGUUGUUCAUAUUCCUUCCUGUGUAUGAAAGGAAAAGCACGUGGAACAAGGAAAAAAUUUUGGGUAUGAUGAGGCUAUGUGGAGAGCUUUGUUAAAUACUUGGGGUAGACAACAGGGGUAGCAGUAUUUUUUAAUUAAAUUUAUUGUAGUUAGCGUAAUAUUAUUUCAUUUAUCAAAUAUUAUUACUAUUCUGUUUAGAUCUAUCAUUUAUUAAUUUAUUUUUUUUUAACUCAACCAGGUUAUUCUGAGCAAUUCCAAAAAUACCCCUCAACAUGCCCGAAAAUCCAGCAGCAGAUAAGCAGCAGGUGCUGCAGAUCCUGGAUCGGCUGCAGGCAAAACUGCAGGAGAAAAGGGAUUCCCAACACCAGGAAAACCUCACCAUCCUAAGGAACACCCUCAGGAGCCCCUUGUUCAACCAGAUCCUGACUCUCCAGCAAUCCAUCAAGCAGCUGAAGGAACAACUCAGUUACAUGCCUCCUGACCGCUCGGUGGAUUUUGAUUUUACCAAGAGGGGGCUGUUGGUGUUUGCUGACAAAUCAGUCACUGCUGGGACACCUUGCACUUCACCUGGACCCAAAGCAUCAGCCUUCACUCCAAACCUGGGAGUUAAUGAAUUUAACAUGAUCAUCCAGAAAAUGGCAAAGGGAAGACAAAUAGAAUCAAUAACGAUUGAUAAACCUUCUGUUGGAGGUCUUGGAUUUAGUGUGGUUGCCCUUAAAAAUCCCAGCCUGGGAGAAGUUGGUAUCUUUGUCAAGGAAGUCCAGCCAGGAAGCAUAGCUGACAGGGAUCAAAGACUGAGGGAAAAUGACCACAUACUGGCCAUUAAUUGCACGCCAUUGGAUCAGAACAUUUCCCAUCAGCACGCCAUUGCCCUCCUCCAGCAAUCCACAGGAUCCCUGCAUCUGGUGGUGGCUCGGGAGCCACUUCAAGGGAACAGCAGAACUGCCUUACUAAGUGAUGUAAAUCCACCUGAGACUAUUCACUGGGGCCACAUUGAAGACGUUGAGCUGAUUAACGAUGGUUCAGGAUUAGGCUUUGGAAUUGUAGGAGGAAAGUCGAGCGGAGUAGUUGUAAGAACAAUUGUUCCUGGGGGAUUAGCAGAUCGGGACGGGAGGCUGCAGACAGGAGAUCACAUCCUGCAGAUUGGAGGGACCAACGUGCAAGGAAUGAGCAGCGAGCAAGUUGCCCAAGUGCUGAGGAACUGUGGGAAUUCUGUCAGGAUGAUUGUUGCAAGGGACCCCAAGUGUGAAGUCAUGGAAGCUCCACCAGCACCCCUGAGCUGGCCAGUCAGCACAUUACCUUCCCUUCAGAAUGGAAAUGAUAAUGACAACUUUUUUGACACCUAUGACGUUGAACUUAUAAAAAAGAAUGGGCAAAGCCUGGGAAUAACAAUUGUUGGAUAUGCUGGCACAUGUGAUAUAGAACCUUCAGGGAUUUUUGUGAAAAAUAUAAUACCUGGUAGUGCUGCUGACCACAAUGGCCAAAUUCAUGUUCAUGACAAAAUUGUUGCUGUUGAUGGAGUCAAUAUACAGAAUUUUACCAACCAAGAAGUGGUAGAGGCACUGAGAAACACGGGACAGACUGUGCGUCUCACCUUGCUUAGAAGGAAGCCUUCCUUUACUAUUUCUUCAGAAACACCUUCAGAUAGAGGAAGAGUCCCACUCCCUCCAGCACAUGAGCUGAAAUCCAAGUGGGAAAACCUGCUGGGACCAGAAUACGAAGUUAUGGUUGUGCAUGUGGAUAUGCCCUUUAAAGAUGAUUCAGAGCUCCAGAAGUACUCAAAGCUGUUACCCAUCCACACUCUGAGAUUAGGACUUGAGCUGGACACUUUUGAUGGACAUCAUUAUAUAUCAUCCAUUGCUUCAGAUGGCCCCCCUGCAAUCCUUGGUAUUCUGCAACUGGAGGAUGAACUGCUGGAGGUGAAUGGGGUGCAGCUGUACGGGAAGUCCCGACGGGAGGCUGUCACCUUCCUGAAGGAGGUGCCACCCCCGUUCACCCUGGUGUGCUGCCGGCGCCUCUUCGGGGACGGCACCGAGUCUCUGGUGGACGAGCCCCCCGUGGCAGCUGCCCCUCCAGAGCAGAAGGUGAAACCCGAGGAAGACUUUAAUCCUGAGGAGGAAGAAGGGGAAUUGGCAUUAUGGUCUCCUGAUGUGAAGGUUAUUGAGCUGGAGAAAGACAAAAAUGGUUUAGGAUUCAGCAUUUUAGACUAUCAGGAUCCCUUGGACCCAGCAGGAACAGCCAUAGUGAUCAGCUCCCUGGUGGCAGGAGGGGUGGCCGAGCGCGGGGGGCAGAUUCUGCCAGGUGACCGCUUGGUGUUCGUCAAUGAGAAACACUUGGGCAGUGCCACCUUGGCAGAGGCAGUGGAGGUGCUGAAAUCCGUGCCCCCGGGUACAGUUUCCCUUGGAAUCUGCAAGCCUUUGGUGGGAGAAAGCAGAGAGGAGGAGAACAUGCACGGUGUGGAUACCAGCAGCAUCAAAAGCAGCCCUGAGUCUCCAGAACCAGUAGACAACACAAAUUUCUCAGUAAUACUUGAAGCACCACAGGGUUUCAGAGAUGAGGUGCCUUAUAAAGAAGAACUCGUUGAUGAGCCCCGUUUGGACUUGGGAAGGUCAUUCCAGCUGUCUCAGAAGGAUGAUGAGUGUGGGAAGGAGUCCUGGGAAAUGUGUGAAUUUCUGAAACCCGGAGCAGAGGACAUGGAGGAGGAACGGGAGAUGUUGGUGGAUGAGGAGUAUGAGGAGGACUCAGAAUUCCUGAAAUGUGGUGAUGCCUCAGGUGGAGAGAAGGCACCUUCAGACAGGAACCUGGACACAGAGCAAUGGGCAGAGCAACUGGAGACUGCUGAAAUACAGGAUUUAAGAUCCAGUGCUAGCCUAAGUCCCAAAGAGUCCCUGGAAUAUCCAUUCAGUAAAGAUGAAAUGUGUGAAGAGAAUGCUUCUAUAAGGUCACACUUUUCUGGAACCACAGCACACAGCAGCUACCAAAAAGACAUAUUUGAUACUGAAACUACCCAGGCAGAAGUGAAAACUGAGAUGGAUUUAGGGACAAAGGUUCAGAGUGACUCUGAAGGACCUGAGCUUGCUGUUGAUUCAGAAGCAACUGAAAAGGAAGCACUAAAGGAGGAGAAUUAUGUUUUUCCCAAGAAGCAGGAAUCUGAGAGAGUAACCACCUUAGCUCAGCCUAGAACAGCAUCAGGCAGUGAAUUACCCGAGAGAGAAGAAGGAGAAGGAGAAGAAACUCCAAACUUCAGCCACUGGGGACCACCACGGACUGUUGAGAUCUUCAGAGACCCUCACGUGUCUCUUGGAAUCAGCAUUGUUGGUGGACAAACUGUCAUAAAGCGCCUGAAGAAUGGAGAAGAACUUAAAGGGAUCUUUAUCAAACAAGUUUUGGAAGACAGCCCAGCAGGAAGAACAAGGGCUUUAAAAACUGGAGAUAAAAUACUUGAGGUUUCUGGGGUAGACCUUCAGAAUGCCACCCACGAGGAAGCUGUAGAAGCCAUCAAGAAUGCAGGAAAUCCUGUGGUGUUUGUAGUCCAGGGCUUGGCUAAUGUACCAAAAGUGGUUUCUCCUGCCCAGCCUAAGGGAAUCAGAGUCAGUAAAGAUCAGGAUGCAGACAAAGGAAAUAAGACUGAUAAGAGAAAAUAUGGGGCUCCACCUCCCAUGAAGCUGCCACCUCCUUACAGAGCACUCGAAAGUCAUCACGCAGAGGAGGUUGUUGUGGAUGAAGAGGAGGAUGAGGAUGCUUGUGCAGAGGAAAAAAUCAGGCAGAGAUAUGCAGAUCUCCCGGGAGAAUUGCACAUUAUUGAGCUGGAGAAAGACAAGAAUGGGCUGGGGCUCAGCCUGGCUGGCAACAAGGACCGCUCCAGGAUGAGCAUCUUCGUGGUUGGGAUCAACCCCGACGGCCCCGCGGGACGGGACGGGCGGAUGCACAUCGGGGAUGAGCUCCUGGAGAUAAACAAUCAGAUAUUGUAUGGAAGAAGCCACCAGAAUGCUUCUGCAAUCAUUAAAACUGCCCCAUCAAAGGUCAAGCUGGUUUUCAUACGAAGUGAAGAUGCAGUCAACCAGAUGGCUGUCACUCCCUUCCCACUGCCUUCAGGCUCCCACUCUGCUAUCGAGGACCACGGUGGCACUGAACCUGCAAGUGGUGAGGAAGACCCAAGUUUGGAAGUUGUCAUGAAAAGCCUGACUGAUGAGGAGUCCAACAGAGCUGAUGUGAAAUGUAAAGACACUGAUAUACCAGUGGUGGCAGAUCAGCAGGAGCCAGAGGAGCAGCUCCCAGAAAACGUCCUCAACCAGCUCAGACAGCCCAAAUUUGCCACGAAAGCCCCAGUGAGCUCCCAGGAUCUGCCCCUGGAGCCAGCACCUCCUUACCUUUCUCCAGAAGCAGAAGUCACCAGCCGUGGUGUCUUCCCAGCUCCUCUGCCUGUGGAUCCAGCCACCUGUGCCAUAAUUCCAGGGCAGGAAAUGACCAUAGAGAUCUCCAAGGGUCGCUCAGGCCUCGGGCUCAGCAUCGUUGGGGGCAAAGACACUCCACUGGAUGCCAUAGUGAUCCAUGAAGUUUAUGAAGAAGGAGCAGCAGCCCGAGAUGGCAGACUUUGGGCUGGUGAUCAGAUUCUAGAGGUGAACGGGAUCGACCUGCGGAGCGCCAGCCACGAGGAAGCCAUCACUGCACUCCGGCAGACACCCCAGAAGGUGCAGCUGGUGGUUUACAGGAAUGAAGCACAUUACAAGGAUGAGGAAAACUUGGAGGUUUUCUCUGUAGAUAUCCAAAAGAAAACGGGCCGAGGGCUGGGGCUCAGCAUAGCUGGGAAACGAAAUGGAAGUGGAGUGUUUAUCUCUGACAUUGUUAAAGGAGGAGCUGCAGACCUAGAUGGAAGAUUAAUUCAAGGAGAUCAGAUUUUGUCUGUAAAUGGGGAGGAUAUGAGAAAUGCCUCACAAGAGACUGUUGCCACUAUACUUAAGUGUGCUCAAGGCCUGGUGCAUCUUGAGCUUGGGAGAUUGAGAGCUGGGUCAUGGCUGUCAUCACGGAAAACAUCUCAAAACAGUCAGGCGAGCCAACAGAGUGUCCACAGCCACUUCCACCCAGCUCUUGCUCCCGUCCUCUCCACCUUGCAGAACUUUGUCAGCACAAAAAGAUCCUCAGCAGACACAUCCCAGAGAAACUCAGCAGGAGCCGAUAUGGGCCCAAGGACUGUGGAGAUAACAAGGGGCCCAAAUGAUGCUCUGGGUGUCAGCAUAGCAGGAGGGAAGGGCAGUCCCUUGGGAGACAUUCCCAUUUUCAUUGCUAUGAUCCAGGCCAGUGGAGUGGCUGCUCGGACACAAAAGCUCAGGGUUGGAGAUCGGAUUGUCAGCAUUAAUGGGCAACCUUUGGAUGGGCUGUCUCAUGCAGAUGCAGUUAAUCUACUAAAGAAUGCUUAUGGGAGCAUUAUCCUGCAGGUGGUGGCUGACACCAACAUCAGUGCCAUUGCCAGCCAGCUGGAGAGCAUGUCCACGGGCUGCAGCCUGAGCCUGCCCUCCGAGCAUCCCUCCGAGGACCCCGAAGCACCUCAACCUAAGAUUAUUACUUUGGAGAAAGGCUCUGAUGGACUGGGAUUUAGUAUUGUAGGGGGGUAUGGAAGUCCCCAUGGAGACCUGCCCAUUUAUGUCAAGACUAUAUUUGCCAAGGGCGCAGCGGCCGACGAUGGACGGCUGAAACGCGGCGACCAGAUCGUGGCCGUCAACGGGGAGGCCCUGGAAGGAGUCACCCACGAGCAGGCUGUGGCCAUCCUGAAGCGCCAGAGGGGCAUGGUGACCCUGACAGUGCUGUCCUGAGAGCACCCGAGCUCUGUUAGGCCAUCAGGAGAGCUG